CCACAAACCUAUUUAGCAGAGCAGGUGUUAAGCAUCACUCAGCCUUGCUUUCUUGACACGAUGAGGAGCUAUCUACAGAUCUUCAUUCUUAUCAUCCUGAAUUUCACACCAGACUGUGGAGCUUGGGUGGUUUACAAGUCAGUUGGAGAUAAAGCUCAUCUCACAUUGAAAGAACGCUGGAAUAUAUCAGUCAAAUGGAGGAAGGAUAAUAAUCUGAUUGCAGUUGUAGAAAACCAAAAGCCAUCUAUAAAACAACCAGAAAAAUUUCAUAUACAUGUUUCUGACUACUCCUUGUUUAUUCAUAAUUUGACGGUGAACGACUCUGGAUCUUAUAAAGCUCAGACUGGACAAUGGGAAGAAAUCUUCAUUGAAUACAAUCUGAUAGUACAGGAUCCAGUUUCACAACCUGUGAUCAAUACCAACCUUGAUCUUCAGUCAAACUCCUCAUCUGUUUGCCACAUCCUGGUAAAAUGUUCAGCUGAUGGAGACUCAGUGACUUAUGACUGUGAUCACAAGCACUGCUCUCGGACCAAUGCCACAUUGACCAAAGUGAACAUUACUGUCAGCUAUACAGACAAUGAGUUGUUGGAAUGCACCGCCAGCAACCGUGUGGGCAAGAAAAGCACAUCAUUACCUAUGAACAACACAUGUUCAAAAAAAGAAAAAGUUUUCAAACAACCACCUGAUUACAUCUUGGUUUUAAUGAUCACAAUAUGUUGCCCAAUUGUACUUGUUUUUGUGGUCGUGCUGAUCUACUUUUUCAAACAUUUUUAUUUUAACAGAAAGAAAAAACAGAAUGGAGGAGGAAAUCAAGAAGAUAAGGGGGUAAACACAGUCUACAGUGUGGUACGCAAGCAACCAAAAACCGAUACUCCAGCAGACAGCAGUUCUGCACAAAAUGCAGCUGCAGCAAUUUAUGAUGUUCCCUCAAAUUGUGUACGAGCUCCUGAAAUUGAUAGUGGUGACAGUGUGCGAAACGAUGACACACAAACAGUUUACUGGAAGCUGGGGCAGACACAGCCAUGACAUAAUCUCCAAUCCUGGACAUCAGUCAAUUGUUAAAUAAGAGGACAUAAUGGCAUAACCUGAUGAACAAACAAACACACACACACACACACACACACACACACACACACACACA